UUUGUAACGCCGGAGGAGAAGAAGAAGCAGGGCAUCCAGCGGGACAACGAGGUGCUGCUCCAGAGACGCAAGGACCAGAUCCAGCCCGGGGGGGCCACGCUCAGCGUCACCGUGCCCUACAGGGUCAUCGACCAGCCCCUCAAACUAGCUCCGCAGGACUGGUGAGUCACCACCACCGUACAUGACCAUUUGGCAUCUUCAAUACAUACAUUCCACUUCGUAUCAUUGACCGUCACCAGGACCGUACAUGACCCUACUACAUAACCAUUUAUGAACUUCCAUACAUACACUCCACUUAGAACUGGCGAGUCUCCAGGACCAUACAUGAUGAUACAUGACCACAUUAUGAACAUACAUGACUGUUCAUGAUCUUCCAUAUACAGUGGGGAAAAAAAGUAUUUAGUCAGCCACCAAUUGUGCAAGUUCUCCCACUUAAAAAGAUGAGAGAGGCCUGUAAUUUUCAUCAUAGGUACACGUCAACUAUGACAGACAAAUUGAGGAAAAAAUAUCCAGAAAAUCACAUUGUAGGAUUUUUUAUGAAUUUAUUUGCAAAUUAUGGUGGAAAAUAAGUAUUUGGUCACCUACAAACAAGCAAGAUUUCUGGCUCUCACAGACCUGUAACUUCUUCUUUAAGAGGAUCCUCUGUCCUCCACUCGUUACCUGUAUUAAUGGCACCUGUUUAAACUUGUUAUCAGUAUAAAAGACACCUGUCCACAACCUCAAACAGUCACACUCCAAACUCCACUAUGGCCAAGACGAAAGAGCUUUCAAAGGACACCAGAAACAAAAUUGUAGACCUGCACCAGGCUGGGAAGACUGAAUCUGCAAUAGGUAAGCAGCUUGGUUUGAAGAAAUCAACUGUGGGAGCAAUUAUUAGGAAAUGGAAGACAUACAAGACCACUGAUAAUCUCCCUCGAUCUGGUGCUCCACGCAAGAUCUCACCCCGUGGGAUCAAAAUGAUCACAAGAACGGUGAGCAAAAAUCCCACAACCACACGGGGGGACCUAGUGAAUGACCUGCAGAGAGCUGGGACCAAAGUAACAAAGCCUACCAUCAGUAACACACUACGCCGCCAGGGACUCAAAUCCUGCAGUGCCCCCCUGCUUAAGCCAGUACAUGUCCAGGCCCGUCUGAAGUUUGCUAGAGUGCAUUUGGAUGAUCCAGAAGAGGAUUGGGAGAAUGUCAUAUGGUCAGAUGAAACCAAAAUAUAACUUUUUGGUAAAAACUCAACUCGUCGUGUUUGGAGGACAAAGAAUGCUGAGUUGCAUCCAAAGAACACCAUACCUACUGUGAAGCAUGGGGGUGGAAACAUCAUGCUUUGGGGCUGUUUCUCUGCAAAGGGACCAGGACGACUGAUCCGUGUAAAGGAAAGAAUGAAUGGGGCCAUGUAUCGUGAGAUUUUGAGUGAAAACCUCCGUCCAUCAGCAAGGGCAUUGAAGAUGAAACGUGGCUGGGUCUUUCAGCAUGACAAUGAUCCCAAACACACCGCCCGGGCAACAAAGGAGUGGCUUCGUAAGAAGCAUUUCAAGGUCCUGGAGUGGCCUAGCCAGUCUCCAGAUCUCAACCCCAUAGAAAAUCUUUGGAGGGAGUUGAAAGUCCGUGUUGCCCAGCGACAGCCCCAAAACAUCCCUGCUCUAGAGGAGAUCUGCAUGGAGGAAUGGGCCAAAAUACCAGCAACAGUGUUUGAAAACCUUGUGAAGACUUACAGAAAACGUUUGACCUGUGCCAUUGCCAACAAAGGGUAUAUAACAAAGUAUUGAGAAACUUUUGUUAUUGACCAAAUACUUAUUUUCCACCAUAAUUUGCAAAUAAAUUCAUUAAAAAUCCUACAAUGUGAUUUUCUGGAUUUUUUCUUCUAAUUUUGUCUGUUAUAGUUGACAUGUACCUAUGAUGAAAAUUACAGGCCUCUCUCAUCUUUUUAAGUGAGAGAACUUGCACAAUUGGUGUUUGACUAAAUACUUUUUUUCCCCACUAUACAGUGCUUUCAGAAAGUAUUCACACCCCUCAACUUUUUCCACAUUUUGUUGUUACAGCUUGAAUUAAAAAUUGAGAUUUUUUUCACUGGCCUAUACUCAAUUCCACUUUGUCAUUAUGGAGUAUUAUGUUUUCCAAAUUUUUUACAAAAUAAUUACAAAUGAAUAGCUGAAAUGUCUUGUCAAUAAGUAUUCAACUUCUUUGUUAUGGCAAGCAUAAAUUGUGCUUAACUAGUCACAUAAUAAGUUGCAUGGACUCACUGUGUGCAAUAAUGGUGUUUAACAUGUUUUUGAAUGACUACCUCAUCUCUGUAGCCCACACAUACAAUUAUCUGUAAGGUCCCUCAGUCGAGCAGUGAAUUUCAAACAGAUUGAACCACAAAGACCAGAGAGGUAUUCCAAUUCCUCGCAAAGAAAGGCACCUAUUGGUAGAUAAAAAUAAAAUAAAAAAGCAGACAUUGAAUAUCCCUUUUGAGCAUUGUAAAGUUAUUAAUUAUACUUUGGAAGGCGUAUUCAUACACCCAGUCACUACAAAGAUACAGGCAUCCUUCCUAACUGUUGCUGUAGAGGAGGAAACCGCUCAGGGAUUUCACCAUGAAGCUAAUGGUGACUUUAAAACAGUUACGAGUUUAAUGGCUGCGAUAGGAGAAAACUGAGGAUGGAUCAACAACAUUGUAGUUACUCCACAAUACUAACCUAAUUGACAAUGAAAAGGAAGCCUGUACAGAAUAAAAAUAUUCCAAAACAUGCAUCCUGUUUGCAACAAUGCACUAAAGUAAUACUGCAAAAAAAUGUGGCAAAUCAAUUAACUUUUUGUCCUGAAUACAAAGUGUUAUAUUUGGGGCAAAUCCAAUACAACACAUUAUUGAGUACCACUCAACAUUUUCAAGCAUAAUGGUGGCUGAUCAUGUUAUGGGUAUGCUUGUAAUCGUUAAGGACUGGGGAGUUUUUCAGGAUAAAAAAUAAACUAAAUGGAGCUAAGCACAGGCGAAAUCCAAGAGGAAAAACCAGGUUGUCUGCUUUCCACCAGACACUGGAAGAUGAAUUCACCUUUCAGCAGGACAAUAACCUAAAACACAAGGCCAAAUAUGCAUUGGAGUUGCUUACCAAGAAGACAGUGAAUGUUCCUGAGUGGCCGAGUUACAGCUUUGACUUAAAUAUACUUGAAAAUCUAUGGCAACACCUGAAAAUGGUUGUCUAGCCAUGAUCAACAACCAAUUUGACAGAGCUUGAAGAAUUUUGAAAUGAAUAAUGGGCAAAUGUUGCACAAUCCAGGCAUGGAAUGCUCUUAGAGAGCAAUAUGUGAUUGUUCAUGAGUGUGUGUAGACACAAUAGUACUACAUGAUCGACAGUACCUGACGAUAUUGUGUUAAUGGCCGGCUGUACAUGUCAGUACUUGACCCUACAUCCACAUACUACUACACCACUUUAGCAACCCUCCCCUCAAAACAUGCCCCAUGGCCACAAAUGACUAUACAUCCUCUCUAAAUCUGGCUUAGAAUGUGACGAUUGUGCAAAUUGUACUCCCAUUUUACUGUACCACACAUAAAAAACAUAUUGUAAAGUGGUUAUCCCACUGGCUAUAAGGUGAAUGCACCAAUUUGUAAGUCGCUCUGGAUAAGAGCGUCUGCUAAAUGACGUAAAUGUAAUGCAAAACGGUCUCAUUUUGUAUGAAUUGUUUUUGCAGUAGAGGUUGAUGUUGACUGUGUGUGUUGUGCAGGGAUCGCGUGGUGGCCGUGUUUGUGCAAGGCCCUGCCUGGCAGUUCAAGGGCUGGCCUUGGCUGCUGCCUGACGGAUCUCCUGUGGACAUUUUCGCUAAAAGUGAGAUUCCUCCCACUUGCUCUUAUACAUACAGGGGUUGCACUUUACUUUCGACGAUGUAAUUGAAUGUCGUUCUUGUUACAGAUAACUAGUUACCCAGUUAUUUCAAACUGUAAAGUGCCACCCAUACAGUUCUUUGGCUCCAAACCUGUGAUACCUUAAGAUGGACUUAAGUUCAUGUAUUUGAGCUAACCUGUCCAACCCAUGUCUCGAAACGAGUAUUGGUCCUACCUAAUUGACUGUGUGUGGUUGUGGUCGCCCUGCAGUCCGAGCCUUCCAUCUGAAGUAUGACGAGCAGAAGAUGGACCCCAAUGUGCAGAAGUGGGACGUGACCGUGCUGGAGCUGAGCCACCACAAGCGCCAUCUCGACCGGCCCAUGUUCCUGAAGUUCUGGGAGACCCUCGACAGGUGUGUUUUGAUAGCAUAUUUGUGCACAUGUAUGUUCGUGACGCAAUGGGGUCGAUACCAAGCCCACCUAUACUUUGUUAGGGACCCUCGUCUCCCUUCCCUCUUUCUAUACUGGUCUAUCUUUUCAAUGAAAUUACUUGAAAAAUACUUCAGAAAACAUUUAAAAUUCAUUCUGGAAGUGCACUGAAUUCCAAUUAUCUUCAAUUGACCCCAACCCUGGUAGAUACGUUUUAUUGUAUGUGUUAGCACUCAUGUACAUUGAGUUAAAUAAUAAUCUAUCUGUAAAAGUGUAUACUUCAUAUACUCUGGGGUUAUAGAAAGAUUUGGGAUUUAUAUUUGAAUGGGGUGACAGUAGAAUGCAUGAGCUCCUUCUGACCACAUAUGACAUCUUCUUUUCCUGUUCCCUCUACAGAUACAUGGUGAAACACAAGUCGCACCUGAGGUUC